AUGGACUUAGAUACCGAACGGUGGACAAACGACACUCCAUGGACUCGUAAAACAUUAUCAGAUGACCCCUAUACAUCAGUUCUUUCUCACAAAGGAGAUAUUUGUGCAGGUGUUUAUUUGGUGUUUAUUUCCCUGAUAGCUUGUAUCGGCAAUGUUUCAGUCAUUGUGAUCUCGCUACGGAAACGUGAUAAAUUAAAACCAAUUGACCUGUUGACCAUCAACCUCGCUGUAGCAGACUUUCUCAUCUCUGUUGCCUCGUAUCCAUUACCAACGAUAUCAGCUUUUAGACACAAGUGGUCAUUCGGAAGGAAUGGGUGUAUCUGGUAUGGCUUUUCGGGAUUCCUAUUUGCAGUGGCAAGCAUGGCCACGUUGACGGCAAUUGCUCUCUUCAGAUAUUUAAAGCUGUGCAGAGAAAAUGUCGAUCAGUAUAAUUCGCGACCAUUUGUCAUUAAAGUGAUCAUCGCUAUUUGGGCCUUCUCUUUAUUUGUUACAACCCCUCCUCUCUGUGGCUGGAGCAGCUACGUUCCCGAGCCCUACCGCUUAUCCUGCACGAUAAACUUUGCUGACACGAGUUCGGCAUCUCUAUCGUAUACCUAUUUCACAAUCAUUGCCGUAUUCCUCGCUCCCCUGGGCGUCAUCGUAGCUUGUUACGUCGCCAUAGCAAGGAAAAUGAUCCACCACAAUAGGAGAAUCAAUGUCAUACGUAAUGCUGGAAGGAUACUAGAAGUACGUCUACUGAAGACUGCCUGUGCAAUCACAUCGGCUUACAUAUUAUCUUGGACACCCUACACCAUUAUUGCCGUUUGGGUCACUUUCAGACCAGUUACUCAGAUUCCAGCAGCAUUUCGUAUCCUGCCCGCCUUCUGCGCCAAAACCUCGUCCGUUUACAAUCCCAUCAUCUACUGUAUCUUCAACAAGUCUUUCCGCCAGGAAGUCAAUUCCUUUGUGUGUUGUUGUGCCUGCCAGUGUUAUAAAAUAAGCGUAAAUCUUGAUAUGAACAGCCACGCCCAACGCCAAUUCCGACGAAUAGAGUCCAAAAGAGGCAGAAACAUCACUUCUAGGCAGCGACCUUUGAUGAUCUACUCCAGCCCGUCCAGGUGGCAUCGUGACUUAUAUGAAUUAUGGAGAAAAAGAAUUAUCCUCGUUUUGAAUUGUAAUUGUAAAAACAAUGAUUCCGUGGAGAAUAUCAACGUCACCUUCAGGAGGGACAAUGACAUGGGGGAACUGAAUAUCUCGACGGCGGAAGUGCACUGUCUAGAACUGAACACGGCCAUGACGCGAGGCAAACCAACAGUACUGCCUGUCUUGGACGAAGUGCCAUCAGAAACAGCGCAUUGUUCCUCUCACCUACCAGGCUCACUUGAUGGUUCUCUCAUACAAUACCACCCUCAACCAUGCCAACCGAGUACAUCGACCCCCGCCGAUGAGUUCUUAAACCCAUCAGGUUUAGUUUCUCGGAAUAGAUGUGUCAUCAUGGUGAGACCAACCAUUGAAGAGGAAUUGUCUUCAGAUUUUUGAAAAUAGUACUAAUGUCCAAUGACAUUUUUUUCUUAUGAGGUGUACGUCAAUGCAUAG